UCUCUCUCUCUCUCUCUCUCUCUCUCUCUCUCUGGUGGAGCAUCAACGGAAAAAUAAUGGCGGGAGCGACGAGCAGGAAGAUCUCGGCAGCUGCGGCGAGAGCUCACACGCGGAAAUCCAAGCCCAGCUCCUUUCGCCUCCCUUCAGGGAUCUUCCAGAAACUACUACUGGUUUCAUUCACUGGGUUCCUUGCCUGGGCUUAUCAAGCUAUCCAACCUCCUCAACCUAAAAUACCUGGUUAUCCUGGCGGGCCUCCUGUUACUGCACCAAGAAUAAAGCUUAGAGAUGGGAGGCAUUUGGCAUAUAAGGAGCAUGGUGCUCAAAAAGAUGUUGCGAAUUUUAAAAUUGUUUAUGUACACGGUCUUGAUGGUUGUAGGCAUGAUGCUGGUGUUGCAACGACUUUAUCUCAGAAAGUCAUCGAUGAUCUAGGGGUCUACAUAGUGUCUUUCGAUCGACCUGGCUAUGGACAGAGUGAUCCUGAUCCAAAACGAACCAUGAAAAGCAUUGCUCUAGACAUAGAAGAACUUGCUGAUCAGCUGGGACUUGGCUCAAAAUUUUACCUCAUUGGCUUUUCCAUGGGUGGCCAGAUUGUGUGGAGCUGCCUCAAGUACAUUCCUCACAGGCUAGCAGGAGCAGCACUACUAGCUCCGUCUAUCAACUACUGGUGGUCUGGUUUUCCUGCAAAUAUGUCUUCUGAAGCUUAUAACCGAUUGCUUCAGAGGGAUCAAUGGGCACUUCGUGUUGCUCACUACACCCCCUGGCUUACAUAUUGGUGGAACACCCAGAAAUUGUUCCCUUGUUCAAGUUACGCAAUUCGUAGUACUGAUGUUCUCUCUCCCACAGACAAAAAAAUCUUUGCCCAAUGUACGAGAGAAGAUCCGGCUGAGAUCGGACAACAAGGAGAGUUUGAGUCCAUUCACCGUGACUUGAUGAUCGCAUUUGGUAUGCCGGAAUUUACUCCCAUGGAUCUAGAAAACCCGUUCCCUAACAAUGAAGGUACUGUCCAUGUGUGGCAAGGGGAUGAUGAUAUGUUGGUGCCUGUCACGAUGCAGCGUUUCAUCUCCCAGCAACUCCCGUGGAUUCAAUAUCACGAGCUGCCCGAACAUGGACACUUUUUCCCUUAUGCUAAUGGGAUGUCCGAUGUUAUCACAAAGGUACUUUUACUCGGAGAAACUGCUGAAUAGCUUGGUCGACUUGUAGACCUUCAGGUUUGUUCAUUGUUCUAGAACGAUAGAUAACCAGAGUUGUAAGCGGAAUCUUGUUUACAAUCUUCUUUCUUUGCCUUCUUGUCUUUAGAUUUGCCAGGUUACAUCGAGCUAAUAGGUCUAAUUUUCUUGGGUUUGCUUGUCACGUUUGGGGCAUUAUUUUGAAUGCGUGUUCAGAAAGCAAACGAGAAUAGCUCUUUGGAUUGGAAAGGAGGGAGUGCAGGAUUGAAGUUU